AUGGAAUCUCAGGACGGUAUCGAUGUCCGUCCUAUGAGGCUAAAGGUUCUCUACACAUUCGACAACGAGAACAAGACCAACUGCCUAGCUCGGUGGCCACAUGUUCUCGAUCUCCAAACUGCCUUGUUGGAUGAAAACACUACGGUUGGUGUGAUUGAGUUGAAAACAUGUAUCCAAGCCAUUGUCUCUGCUAGUCCUGAGCUUGUGGGACAAGUAGGAAAGGAUUACACCGUGUACGCCUACGACUACUCCGAGUUUGAAACCCCUCUUGUUGGCCAAGGCAUGCUAUCAUGGGUUCUGGCCAAUUCCUCAGCCGAGGCCUCCUCUUCAAAAACUAUGAUCACUGGCCGGGUUUGCAAAAGCCCUCUCAGCGGUCUUUUUUCAAAGGGCGCCCAGGAGACUCUCGAAGUCAAACUCCGCCUAGUGCCUGUCCCAACCGCCACGCACAAUGACUUUGAUACGCAAUCAUGGACUAACUUCGUCCGUCAAAACCCGGCCUUGUUGGAGCAGCGAAGCCAAAGCACCAAUGACCGUGGAGGUUCUCCGAUGAAUCAAUCUGGUAUUGAAAGGUUUCACCAGCUUCUGAGCGAAGGCUCCACGCCACGAGAGUUUGCCACUUUCCCUUCCAAUGCAUCGGUUCGCUCAGCUUCGCCUUCACACUCAUAUGCCGCCAGUGGGGUUUCAACGCCAGCCCAUUACCAAUCCUACAAGCACAGCGUGCCUCACAGUGACAUGAUUCGACCCUCAUCUAGUGCAUCUAUGCGAGACUGCGAUAACCAAACACAACUGUCACACAACAACCUUCGAAGAGGCUCAAUCCAGUCGGGAUACGCCAGUGGAGACGAGGAACUCACCGAGGCCCCACCCCGAAAGAGAGCCAAGGUGUACCAAGCUAGCUGGCCGGGGAAAUCGGGUGCCAAUAUUGAAAGGCAGCCAAGUUCACUCCGAGUCGCAGCCAGCACCGCAGCUUCUGUUCGAAUCCACCGCCCAACUCCCGUCAACCCUGCCCUCGUGACUGAGCAUUCUCACGAGGAGCCUGUUCGUCCACCCACUCCCAUGUCUCGUCCUUCUGAUUUCCAUCGCCGGAGUCGUCCCACAGCCAGUCUCCUUCGGGAGUCGUCCACUAACAGUGUCGCCUCGUGUCCUGAUCCAUACGCCUCGCCCUAUGUAAUGAGUGAUGAUAUUCCAACUACAGAAGCCGCCGGCCCGUCCCCGGAAGAUACUCGCUACCAAGGACUGUUUGAACAGUCCUUCAACAUGCCUUCAUCCCCACCGAUCUUUGACAGCCGGUUCCACAAUCGAUCAAGCCCCGUGCUGCCUACCAUGGCCCUGGAUACUGACUCUGGUUUCAUGAGCGCUGGAUUGGACGACAUCUUAGGCGACGAAAACCUCGCCCAAAGCGAUCGCAGAGCGCAGGCCCCUAAAGACCAACGAUCUGUUCGCACUACUGUGCAGGCGAGUUCCCCGGUAAGCACCGUUAGUGCUGCCCGGGGAACUUUCCAUGAUCCAGUCACCAUCGGGGGGACCGCACCCACACAGCCUCCCAAAGAUUCAGUGCCUGCAUUGGCUCGCGCCAACUCUGGGCCAUCCAGUUCUUGUGCUCCAUCUCGCCCCACCACCGCACCCUCUAGACGACCUACUUCGAGCUCUGGUGCGCAGCGUAUUGCGCCCAAACCUCUCGCACCAGCACCACCAUUCUUGAGUGAGCCGCACUCCGAAGCUCCAGCCAGUGAUCCAGUCGGUCCGACUGCCUCUAUUGAACAUGCCCCUCCUGCUGCGCCAGUCGACAUCACAUUCCUACGGUGCAAGACAGAUAGCUCCAAUCCACAGAUGCAGGCAAAGCUACCACCGGCAACAAAGUCAAAGGGGAACUCGAAAAAGGCCAAUGGAAAAGCACGCCUCGAGGCUGCUCUCGCUAACGGCCAUAUUCCACCUUAUUGUGAGAACUGCGGUGCAAUCGAAACUCCCAGCUGGCGCCGAGCCUGGGCGAAGGAAAUUGUCGGUGGCGAGGAACUCGCCGAAGAGAUGAUGCUUUCCCCCCAGAUGCUACUUUGGGAACCCGUUGAGAAAAAUGACCGGGAACAGGUCGUCAAGUUUAGGAUCAUGAAGAAGGGAAUGGAGAUUGAUGAUGACUCGUGGGCCCAGCUCCUCCUCUGCAACCCCUGUGGCUUGUGGCUUUACAAAUUCAAGAGUAUGCGCCCAGAAUCCAAGUGGAUCAAACCGCCAGCCCUGCAGAAUGGCCAGAAGAGCAAAAAGCGUCCAUCGAAGACUCGCGCCAAUGGCCCACUCAAUGCCUGCCCUGCCUCGAGGACUCGGAGCAAGGCUGUCCCAAAGAAGGGAACAUCCGCACCACCUGCAAACACAGUGGCAGCCUCUUCUCCGGCAUUUACCGAUCUGUCCUCGGUUCACCCUGAAGGAGAAACGCCCCAAAUGGAUGUCCAUUAUGACGAGGAUGAAACUGGCGAUACUCCCGAUGAUCAUUCUCGUUUCACCACAGAGGAGCCGCGCGACAGCGAGGAGCCGCACCCAGCGAGUGUUACUCCAGGACGCCGUCGAUCGAAGCUGAAUGCCGAACACGCUAUUCAAAGAGCGGCCCAAUCAAGCCCUGCGAGGCGUACCGAAGCCCGCACCAGUGCAGUCAACACCACUCCCAAGUCUGUGAGAAGAUCACUCUUCCACGAGAUUCAGAAAGAUGGACCUCUGAAGGAACUUGAUGCUUCUAUGGUAAACAGCUGCUCUCCUCGUCGUAGUCCGCGCAUUGCCCUGACAAAGGAGGACAAGACCACUGAAAAGGAGAACACUCAGGACGACCUCGAUGACCUGUUUGAAAGUCCAUCUAUUGGCUUCGACUCUGCAAGCCCUACUCCUCGUCGUCGCAACCCGCGUCUCGCAAUCGAAAAGCGCAUCCUUGGAAACUCUCCAAGCUUCAAAAGGCGCAAGGAUCUCGGGGUCACCAGCCCAGCCCGUCUGUCAGCAGAGCGCCUGCAACGCAUCCAAUCCCUCCACGGGCAAUCCCCUCGGUCACAAAAAGCCUCGGCCAAGCCUGAGGCAGAGUCCGCCGAGUUCGAGAACGGCCUCUCCUCCAACAUCUCCCUCGACGGGAUGAUGCUUGAUAUCUUUGACGAAAACGACCACACCCACUUCGAACUGGAGAAUUCCAAGUUCGCCGGCGAGAACUGGGCUGACUGGCUUCCCAGCGACUUCAACCCUUCUACCGGAUCACCUGAGGCCGACAAUCGCCCAGCCGAUGAUCUCCUCAAGUCUCUUUUCGCUGAUGCGGACAAGGACUUCCAAUCUACUCUCCUUCCCUUCAACUUCAACGACGUUGGCAUUCCCGACUCUGGAUUCUUCAGCUCUGACGCUCUCAACGAGGCGCCCAAAGCCCAGAUUGGAGAUACAGAUGCCACUUCUCCCGUUUAA